GUUAUUUCGAUUCGAUCGAGUUUUCAUAUUAAAACUAAUAAUAAUUGAACAUUAGUCCUUAUAGAUUUUAUUAUUUUACUUUGGAGGGUGAAAUUAAAUCUCCAGUGCGUUUCGGUUCGACCUCACAGUUUCUUCUGUUCUCGUCUCUCUCUCGUUUGCUUUCUCUACAGAUCCCUAAAUCCUCUCCCUUUGGACCGUUAAUCCCCCAAACCCUAGAUUUUACAAACAAUUCCUCUCAAUCUCUCUAAAUUCUCUUUCUCCUGCAAGGAAUUUGCGGACUGUUUCUUGUGGGGUAAAUCUUCUAUUAGCUAUGGGGAAGAAUCAAGCUUACAAGGCUAUGCAGAGAUCUAGGGUUGGUUCCAGCUCCGCCCAGCCGGAUGAGGUUGAAGACGGAAUGGUGGAUGGUUCAUUUCAUACACCAGAGUGGCAUGCGGCUCGUUUGGCUAGCCUCAAGACUACACAUACUAUUACCUGGGAAGAGUAUAAGCAGAAGCAAAAGGAAGAAGAAUUGAAAAAGGGAGAACUUGAAGCAGAUACCGAUAAACUGAUGCGUGAGUAUAGAGCUCAGCUGGAUGCAGAAAGGUCGUUGAAACUCUCCAAAGGAAGGAACUAUUCUAGUGAUAAGUCACGAAAAGAUAAGAAAGACAGAGAUUCAAAGAAGAAGAAAAGCAAAAAGAGAAAGGUGCCUUCUAAAAGUUUAGCUUAUAUCAGAUAGUGUGAGGUUUUCUAGCUUAUGCUAACAUGAACCAUGAUCGGUUGUGUUAUGAAUUUGCAGCAUUAUUCGUCCUCAGAGUCGUCAUCUAGCAGUGAUGAAGAUGAAUCUAGAAGAUCAAGAUCAAGUUCGAAAAGAUCAAAGAAGGAGAAGAAGCACAAGUCCAGCAGAGACAAACACUCUAGCAAAAGUAAACACGAAACCGAUGGCCCUGUACCACUCUCUAGAUUCUUUGGCAAUUUGAAGAAUUGACAAAAGCAAAACUGCAAAUGAACUAUUACAAAGAGUAAGAUUGUCUUCAAUCAAAAUACUCAAAGUAGGAUAUGAUUGCUUUCUUCCUUGUUGCAAUGUUAUAUUUUUGACAAUAGCUCAUGUAUUAAUAUUUGUUGGAUUGAAAGUCGCAAUGAUGCCCACAGAAUCAUGGUUUUUCAGUUUAUUUGCUUAAAAAUGAAAUUUGACAACAUCAAAAGGGAAUCUAGCAGAAAA